AAUAAAUAAGAUAAAGGUAUUGUGUCCAAUUACAAAUAAAAAAUAAAUAUUAAAAAAAAGGCGAUAUGCUCACUCUUUGCUUUGCUGGUAGAAGCAUGAAGUGGUUCUCUGUGGUCUGACAAGGGAGUGGAGAUGUAAAUGUGUGUGGCCUUUGGCUAGAUGUUCCUCCUCAGGAGCUAGCGCCCUGGGUGGGAGAAGAUGGAGAAGAUGCUUGUGUGAAUGUUCCUGGUGACACGGGUGGAGGGCAGAUAGUGAGCCCAGUGGUCAGGCUCUGGGCUGGGCGUGAGUUAAACAGAUGUGAAAGUAAUUCACCCUCAGGGCUCUCCUUUCACUUUGGAGCUACCUUUGCUCAGGAAGUCCAGGCGCUCUCAGCUAGAGACAGACUUUGCUGAGAGGUACUUCUUCCCGGCCCAGCUCUGAGAACUGUCUGGUCAUGCUGUCCGGGGGCCAGCUCUGCGGGUAUAAGUCCGUGAGAGUCCUUCAUAUCCACAGUGUGUGGGUUGGGACCCUGAAGAACACCUUCCUGGUGGGCACCUGCAUCUACAUCUGUUUCGCUUUGGUGAGUGACAAGCUAUACCAGCGGAAAGAGCCUGUCAUCAGUUCUGUGCACACCAAGGUGAAAGGGAUAGCAGAGGUGACGGCAGAAGUCAUGGAGAACGGGGUGAAGCGCUCGGUGCAGAGCGUUUUUGACACUGCGGAUUACACCUUCCCUUUGCAGGGGAACUCCUUCUUUGUGAUGACGAACUUUCUUAAGACAGAAGGCCAAGAGCAGCGGCUGUGCCCUGAGAAUCCCACUCGCAGGACACUCUGUUCCUCUGACCGGGGUUGUAAAAAGGGCUGGAUGGACCCACAAAGCAAAGGGAUCCAGACUGGCAGGUGUAUAGUGUACAAAGGGAACCAGAAGACCUGUGAAGUCGCUGCCUGGUGUCCCACCGAGGCAGUGGAGGAGAAGCCCCCCCGGCCUGCACUUCUGAGCAGCGCUGAAAACUUCACUGUGCUCAUCAAGAACAAUAUUGACUUCCCUGGCCACAACUAUACCACGAGAAACAUCUUGCCAGGGUUGAACAUCAGCUGUACCUUUCACAAGACUCAAAAUCCACAAUGUCCCAUUUUCCGGCUAGGAGACAUCUUUCAGGAAACAGGAGAUAAUUUUUCGGAGGUGGCAAUCCAGGGAGGGAUCAUGGGCAUUGAGAUCUACUGGGACUGCAACCUGGACAGCUGGUCCCAUCGAUGCCGGCCCAAAUACAGUUUCCGUCGCCUUGAUGACAAGACCACCAAUGAGUCCCUGUACCCUGGCUACAACUUCAGAUACGCCAAGUACUAUAAGGAAAACAAUGUUGAGAAACGUACUUUGAUAAAAGUCUUUGGGAUCCGUUUUGACAUCCUGGUUUUUGGCACUGGAGGAAAAUUUGACAUUAUCCAGCUGGUUGUGUACAUCGGAUCCACCCUCUCCUACUUUGGUUUGGUAAGAGAUUCUCUUUCCCACACUUUAAGAAAAUGGUUUGGCCAAAAGAAGUUUCACUACCCUGGUGCUUGUCUGGGUUCCCGCCAGGCCACUGUGUUCAUUGACUUUCUCAUCAACACUUACUCGAGCACCUUCUGCCGGUCCCGUGUGUACCCCUGUUGCAAGUGUUGCGAACCCUGCGCAGUCAACGAGUACUACUACAGGAAGAAGUGUGAGUCCAUCGUGGAGCCAAAGCCGACAUUAAAGUAUGUGUCCUUUGUGGAUGAACCCCACAUUCGGAUGAUAGACAAGCAGCUACUUGGGAAAAGUCUACAACAUGUCAAGGGCCAAGAAGUCCCAAGACCCCUGAUGGACUUUGCAGACCUGACCAAGCUGCCCCUGUCUCUGCACGACCCACCCCCCAUUCCUGGACAACCAGAGGAGAUGCAGCCACUUCGUGAGGAGGCGACUCCUAAAUCCAGAGACAGGCCAAGCUGGUGCCAGUGUGGAAGCUGCCUCCCGUCUCAGCUCCCCGAGAGUCGCAGGUGCCUAGAGGAGCUGUGCUGCCGCAGGAAGCCGGGGGCCUGCAUCACCACCUCUCAGCUGUUCGGGAAACUGGUGCUGUCCAGACAUGCUCUGCAGCUCCUCCUGCUCUACCAGGAGCCCCUGAUGGCCCUGGAGGCGGAGGCCACCAAUGAUCGAUUGCGGCACUGUGCCUACAGGUGCUACACCACCUGGCGCUUUGGCUCCCAGGAUGUGGCCGACUUCGCCAUCCUGCCCAGCUGCUGCCGCUGGCGGAUCCGAAAAGAGUUCCCCAAGAGUGAAGGGCCGUACAGUGGCUUCAGGAGUCCUUACUGACAGCCCAAGGCUGCAGCAGUCACAUUAACAUCACUGCUGCUAACACCUAGAGCGUCACUGCAAAGAUCUGUGGCCAAAUUUUCAGCCAGAGGGAAAUAUGCCUUCCUCUCCCACUGCUCUGCACGCUCUACCAACCAACCCACCAACCUCCGCCUGGCCCCAAAGACCAGUGAUUCAGAUCUGUCUCCAUUCUGUAUCUAGGAAGUUGUGUGACACCAGUAGACCUUUAACAUUUGUAUUUCAGCCGCCUUGUCAUCCAACCUACUAUCUUAGAGCUACUGUAAGGACAGACUGAGACGGUGUACGUGGACUGUUGUGAGUGUGUAGAGAGCUCUUCGAACACAGAGCACUUCAUCAUGAGGUUGGAUGGGAAUAAUAUCCAACUAGCAAUAAACCCUUGGGGUCCUAAGUGGAGGACCCAGCCAGGAGGUGCCCACAAACUGUCUGACGCUUACCCCUCGAGAUCCAAGCUUUCUGUCUCCUUUCCUUGAGUCUAGGAAGCUCUGGGGGUUUUAUCAAAUAGUGGACGUGAUGCUGUGUCAAUUUCAAGAUGUCAGUCUUAAAAGAAUAUGGCAGCUUCCACUUCCUGUCCCUUGGAACUCUUGCUGAGGGGGAAGCCAGCCCCAUAUGGAAUCUGACUGUUCUAAGAACACUCUGCUGGAAGCCCAAGCAGCCGCAUGGGGGAGGAAAGUGUCCCCAGCUCAUGCCACACAAGCCCAGUCGCCAAGCCUGGGUGAGAAGCAGCCUUCAGGUGAUUCCAGACCCUACAGACCUGUGCCUGAAACUGCAUGAAACCCCCACGUGAGAAGUGCCCAGUCAACCCAGAGAACCAAGCUGCUGUGUUAAGUCACUAAAUUUUUAGGUUGUUUGUUACACAGCCACAGAUGCCUGGGGACACAGCCACAGUCCACACCUUCCCUGGUUCUGAGGUUCAUAGGGAGCCCCUUGGGAGUAUAGGUCUCUGUUGGACAGUUCUAAGAAGGCUGCAGACCAAAUCAGGCAACACACCAGCCCAGCCCGGGAAGCCAUCAAAUCCAGCUGUGUGCUACCCAACACAAUGGUCUUAUCACUGGAAAAAGCUGCCUUUGUGCCUUAACAUCCUAGACUCUGCAAUCAGUCAGAAUGAGUGCAGCGGGAUGCUGCUUUCAAAGCAACCCACGCCCUAAACGUCACCAUUUCUAUACAUCAACCACCAAGGAUAUGAAGACAAAUAGUCACAGGUUUGGGGCCUGUCUCAGGAUUUCCUUUCCAUGGUUUUGUCAUGACCAUUGGCUAUUUAUUUCUAAACAACUAUUUCAAAGAAUUGUUUAGAAACCACUAUGAAUAGCAUUGAAAUACUAUGACUGGUGAUCUGUGAGUGCUUUUAUACUCCAAGACUUUACAUUUUGAUAUUUUUUGAAAAACCAGCAGCUUUCUACUGUAUUAAUGCAAAAUAGCAUAAAUAAAAACUUUUUUUGAACCAGGGCUUUAUCUGGCUUUAAACUCAGGAAUCAAAUUAAUUGUGCCAGAUUGAAUUUUCCUUUUUGCUACCUUUUCAGGGAUAUUUUUAUAAAGUUAAUUAUAUAUAACUUCAUACUUUUUUUUUAAUGAUGGGGAUUUGCACAUACUAGGCAAACACUCUGUCACUGAGCUAAACCCCAGGCCAAGAACUGAAAUGUUUUACUCCAAGAAUUCUAUGUAAGAAUUCUAUGUAACAAAUGCAGGUUUCCAUUCUGAUGGCCUUUGACUCUUUCUACCUUAUUUUUGGUGCCUUCUUCGCAGUGUGUUUCUAUCACUUUGCCGAGGCCACAGAUGGAGCCAUAAUUUGGAAUAGCAAAUAAUCACUGGAUCCUUCUGUUUUCCUUCAUCUUCCCCACGGAUGCUCUGGGUGCAACACGAUGUGCUACUGGACUGUGAAAUGUCUGAACUUCCUACAGUACCUGGGAUCAUAUUAGUAUUUUUAUUUUUAGUCUACUACAUACAAUAUUGUUGCCAAAGGCAACCGAGCGCACAUUGGGUAGGCAUUAAUUUGCCUUAAGUGGGGGGCAUUCUUCUAUUAUGGUACAUGCACAGCCUUCACCACUUCCCACUUCAUCCUGUGUCAGAGGGAGGAAGUCUGCUUUCCUACUGUGGACAUGCUGACUUUAUACAGAACUGAUAAUGGCUUUACUCUCUUAAGGGACUCAUUUUUAAACCCUUCCAAAUUCUAGAUUGGCAAUGCAGAUAUUCUUGAUUGUUUUGAUAAUUCAAAAAAAAUGAUGGAUAACUUAUUUAUUUAAACCUUCUCUUUCUGUUUUUUUUUCCUUCAGAAUAUUCCCAAAUCAGAGUUAACACAUUCAUUUUCACAUUCACUUAAUAAAAUAUUCAUAAAAAUGUCACUGGAGACCAAUGACAGAUAAGACUGCUACUCUUAUGGGAAUAUAAAAAGAUACAUAAAUAAAAUGAUUCAAGCAAAUGCAAAUUUGCAAUUUGUGAUGAGUUAUGAUGAAGAAGGCAAAUGAUCAUUUCAGAGUCUGUAAGAGAAGACUCUAAUGUAUUUGGGGAGAUCAUAAAAAUCCUUCUUGAGGAAAGAACAAACUUUAGCUAAAAGCUAACAUAAGUACUAUUAACUAGGUGAAUGGGAGGGAGCAUUUUUAGGUAGAAAGACUGGCACAUGCAAAGGUCCCAGGGCAGAAAAGGCAUAGCAGGUUUGCUGCAUUUGAAGAAGACCUAUAUGACUGUACCCUAAAUAGCAUGGGGAGUACAGCAUGAAACAAGGACUUGUAGGCUAUAGUAGAGUUGACUAUAUCCAAGGGACAGCCAUGAAGGGUUUUAAGCAAGAGCCUGAUAAAAUCAUAUUUAAUUUUUAAAAGAACUCAGAUUGCUAUGUGGGAAAGAAACUAGGAGUGGUGAUAGAUCUGGUUUAAACAUUUAUUUCAGCCUUUCUCAUUUCAUGAAAUGGGUUGCCCCAAUACGCAGCCAAAUGGACUUGUCUUUUUUCUCUUCCUCUUGGCAAGUCACGAAAAGAUCAGCAGUGAGAGAAAAGGAGGAAAAGCUUUGGGGAACCUUCAUUUUUAGAAUGUUCCUGUCCCAGCUGGUGGGGAUGAGGUCACUUGCUGAGCUUCAGUCCAGAAGCAGGAGUGGACCAAAUGGAGAUUCCAAGGUCAGUCAGCAGAACCAAUGAGGUGGAACACCUUGUGGCAGAAGACCUAAAAUUAAGGUCUCAUGUUACACAGUGCCUCGGCACCCAGGAGAACCAGGAGGCCCUAGCAAGUCCUCACACAACUCCUCUCCCCAGUCCUCCCAAAAGGUCACCAACUCGGCAGCCUGCCUCAUCAAGCAGACCAGAUGCAGCUCCUGCUUCUCCCAUGGAACUGUCCCAACGAACCAAUCACAUCCUCCUGUGGUGACAUCCUGGUGUCACAAAGCCUGUUUCCCACUGGCUCUGCUCGCUCACUCUGUUCCCAAGUACUCCUGCAGGCACGUGUGUCCUCUGAGCUGUGAGUGUGCCUGACUAACAAAUGGCUGCCAUCUACCUGUCCAGCAUCGGGCGUUGUUUGCUCGGCUCCCCCAAAACCCCAGGAUGGUUCCCUCCUCCUCCUCACCAGUGGGGUGAGAAGAGUGAUUAAAACAUCCUUGAGUCCAGGCCAACCAGGAGCCCUCAAAAAUCAGAGGCUGGGCCUGCCUCUGCCCAGGCAUUGACAAAGCCAUCGAGGAAACAUGGUCUUGCUGAAAUGAUCCAUCUGCGCCCUGGGGGGCGUCACUCUCUGCUGCUUUUAUGUGUCCCAGCCCAUAUUCAAGUCCCAAGACUUGUCAGUCAUCCUGGGAAUCCUGGGGGUUCCUGAUUCCACUCCUCUCUUCUGAAUGGACUUGGAAACCACUCUCCUCUUGCCCCUUUGGUCUCCUAUUUCUCAGUCCCAGAGGGUUAUGAAUGAUGUUUCCUAAUAAGUGAGAAUCCACAGGGAGGAUUCUGCCUUCCUAACAUCCUGGGCUCUUUUAAUGAAUUAUCAAGGUCUCUCAAGCUUGAGUCUACCUGCAUCAGAGGAAGAGAGGAGGUGGCCGACAAGGUGACUUUCCAUUUUAACCAAGUAAACUGUUACACUGGACCAGCUUGGAUAAGGGUCAAUGCAAACUGACAGGGCCUGAUGACAGCCUGUUAGUGUGGGGUCACAGGGGUUGACAUUUUAUUUCCUCUCAGCAAAUGAGCCAAGAACUCAUCCUGAUUUUGUGUCCCCUAUAUACCUAUGUGAACACAGGAGUACAGUGGACACUGGACACAGGCCUCCUGGCUCAAGUCCUGGCUUGGCUACCUAGCAUGGAGCCUCGGGUGGCUCAUCAUGUCUAACCAUGUAAGCGUUUAUUAUCUAGAUGGUGCCCAAAGGCCACUAGGGAGCUGCAGACUCAUACAUCUGGCCAGCUCUGGAUAUUCUACUCAAAUAGUUUAGAGGCAUCUCGAACAGGCAGGAGAGAGAAAGCACGGUGUCUGCUCCUUCACCCCACCCUCGUAUGCACGUCCAGAACUUCCAAGUCGCAGUUAGUAGUACAACUGCCAUUGGCUCAAUUUCCAACCAGAAAUGCAGAGCACAGCACCGCCAUCCCCCUCCUCCUCCCUAUUCCAUCAAUAUUAUCAGUUCCUUCAGCAAACACUGACUGACACCCUGGCCCUGGGCAGUACUAGGGAUAAAGAGGAGAGCAAGCCAGGCCCUCCCUCGCCUAGUGGGGCAGACAGCAAUCCAUGCGUAAGGAAGUGGGGUGAGGAUGGCCAGAGACCAAGAAUUUCACGGAAUGAGCAGUGCAUGGCAGGAACGAUGGAGUUACCUGGUUCAGGGUCAGGAACACUUUCCAAGGAAGGGACCUUUAUGCCAGAUGUGAAUAUCAGGAAGGAGCCAGCUGUGACAAACUGGAGGAAAGGCAUUCUGGACAAAGGGACAGAAAAGGUGAAGUGGGAAAGAAACGAGUGUGCCCCAGGAACAGUGAGAUGCCAGAGUGCCUGCAUGUUUAAGACAUGGUCUCUGCCUUCUAAGUCCCGCUGAGGGCACGGGCAUGGUGAUCUUCUUACUGCCUUGUAGACUACAUGAUUCCCUGUCACCAAAACAGAAGCUCAAAGAAAGGUGAAAUCCACACAGUCAAGCAUGAUCUCGGCAGCUCUGGAAAGCCUGUGAGAUGUGAGCGCAGCCUCACCAGCUGAGGAGCCCGGGACAUUCAGCAGGAUGGGCAGAGGCAUGUCUAAUAGGCCAGCAGCACAAGCCAGGCCCAGAAAUAAAUGGCAGAGUAAAUGCUGAGACCAUACAUGGACCAAUUCUGCUCCAGGCUGGGAAAACUGUGGACGAGGGCUUAAGAGGGACAGACUAGGAAACCUUCAAAAGAAAAGGGCUGAGGUACUCCAGCCUGUUACAAAGUUGCCAAAGGCCAUUCCUGGGCUGACAGGGGACUGGAGGAAAGCAGACAGCCGUGGGGAUGAUGGUCUAUCAGAAGUCUACUGGGAUCACAUGGGAGUGACUGGUGAGCCCCGUGGACCACUGAAUUAGUGUUAGUGAUGGAGAUGAAGGGAAGAAGCUGGAAAAUUACUUUUAAAACUUCCCAAAAGUCCAACAGUAAGAAGUUGGUUAAAUAAAUGAAGGCACUUCCACGUAACAGAGGAGUACACAGCUAUUUAACAUGAUGCCACUAAAGGGCAAUCAGGAUGUUACAGGCAGAACACAACACGAUGACCCUUCUGGCUUGAGGAGACUGUGAGCCUUAAUUAGAGCUCUGUUUUUCUUGUUUGUUUUGUUUUUUUAAAUUUCCUGCAAUGAUAGUUGUUAAAAACCUUUAACCCUGAAUGCACAAUUAAGGAAGACAAGAAUCACCUAGCUCCUCAUUGAAAUAUAUCAUGGAUAAAUACAAAUCAGUCAUUCAGAGAUGUCAGAAAAGGUUAGUAGCAUUUUCUAAAAUCCAGAAAGUCAACUUAAAAGCCAUCUUUUGAGUUUUCCCCUUUGUGAUUUGGGACAGGUAGCUCAACAAGACCUGCCAUGGGACUAGCACUAUAUUUCUCUUCUCCUUAAUUGUAACAAAUAUAUUUUGAAUACAAAAUCUAAUGCUUGAGUUUGGCAGUUCAUCAAAAGGUUGAGUACAGAAUUGUCACAUGAUUCAUCAACUUCAUUUCUGGACAUAUGCCCUGAGGAACUGAGAGCAAGCAAAUAGGGACCUGUAGCUGAGUGUUCAUAGCAGCAUAUGGACACCAGCCUAAAGGUGGAAACAACUCAACAGAUGAAGUCCAUCCAGAGAGUGGAAUGUUACUUGACCAUAAAAAAGAACAAGGUUCUAGCUGGGCACAGUGGGGCACAGCUGAAAUCUCAGUUACCUGGGAAGCUGAGGCAGGAAUACCACAAAUUCUAGACCAGUCUGACAGCAAGACCCUGUCUCAAAAUAAAAUUUAAAAGAGGUGGGGAUGUAAGCUCACUUGGGGAGUGCUUGCCUGGCAGGUCCUGGGCUCAAUCCUCAUAUCCCACUAAAAGAAAAGAACGGGGUUCUGAGACAUGCUAGGGCAUGAAUGAACCUUGAAAAAAUGCUAAGUGAAAUCAGCAAGAUACAAAAAAGACAAAUAUGGUAUGAUUUCACUGAUAUGAACUACCUACCACAAACAAAUUCAGAGAGGCAGAAGGUAGAACAGAGAUGAUCAAAGGUGGAGGGAAAUGGGUUGGGAGUUGCUCUUUUGUUGGGAGUUACUAUUGUUGUUUUACAAACAGGGGAUUGAACCCAGGGCCACUUGUAUGCUAGGCAAGCACUACCACUGAGCUACAUCCCCAGCCAUGAGUUAGUAUGGUUACAGAGCUCCUGUUUGGGAUGAUGAGAAAGUUCUGGAAAUGGAUAAUGGUGAUGGUUGUAUAAUACUGUGAAUAUAUUUAAUGGUACUAAAUUGUAUACUUUAAAAUGGUUAGAAUUGUAAUUUCAUGUCAUGUACAUUUACCACAAUUUUUUAAAUUAAAAAAAAGAAACCCUUUAUUGCUUUGA